GUCCGAGAUUUCCGAGUGCCCAGUUGUCAUGAACGCGGCAUUAUCUCAUUUUCUAAUAUCCCUGGUCAGUCAUAUGACAAGGAAGAAAGGCAAUCGGUGUUGUUGUUGGUUUAUUAAAUGGCCUGGGGUUAUGAAAUAAUAUGAACAUGGAUUUAAAAUGAAAUCACAGCAAGUUGCCUCGUCAACGAAACUGUUUGUCAUGUAAAGAAAGGGAGGAGUAUGGAGAAUGAUGAACUUCCGUCAGCGGAUGGGAUGGAUCGGCGUGGGGCUGUACCUUCUGGCUAGCGUGGCUGUCGUCUACUAUGUCUUUGAGAUCGACCAGACAUACAACCGUCUCACCCUGGAGCACGUGGAGCGGGUGGCUCAGGAACAGCGACCUCUGCCAGGGGACAACACGCCUCCCACCGCAUCCUCACUGCCCACCUGGACCCAGAGUCUCAAAACUCGCCUGCUCCUCUUGCCCUUCUGGGUGUGGGUCACCAUCUUCCUCGUGCCCUACCUUCAGGUGUUCCUCUUCCUCUACUCGUGCACGCGCGCUGACCCCAAGACGGUGGGCUACUGCAUCCUGCCCAUAUGCCUGGCGGUACUCUGCAACCGCCACCAGACCUUUGCCAAGGCGUCCAAUCAGAUCAGCCGGCUGCAGCUGAUUGACACCUAAAGUGUCCAACCGAUUUGAGAUGGUGGAUAAUAUGAGAGGCGGGGUGAGCAGCCUUAGUGCAUGCUGCACACAAUCUUGGCGGUGGCCUACUACUCUCAUACCUGAACUACAGGAUACUUAACACUCACCUAGUGCACUGUGUGAAGUGUUAAGCCUGCCAGGCAUCACUAGGCAAUUCACUUUUGUUGAUGUGUAUGUGUGCUGUUCUUGAGAUGAACAAUGGUACACGUUUCACAACCCUUUGUAUUUGUGAUUUCUUACAUUCAACAAAGGCUGGACCAAAGGGUGCCACGUGCUCCAGGGUCUCACCACAGUACCUGACUAUGAUACAGACACCAAUCAUUGAGGGUUUAUCCGUUCACUGCAAGGUCCCACUUUUUGAGCAAAUAAUUCUGAGGAAAGUUUGAGAGGCAUUUUGGUUCAAUCAUCAUCAUCCCAAAACUAUUACCACCCCACUGACUCAAGUACGGUGAAAUAUGACGUGUCAACUAAUUUGUACAGACAGUUUUAGGAAUGUGAUGCCAUUUAAAAAAACUGUCUUCGUGGAUCAGUAGUGAUUCUUAGAUAAGUACUGCAGUGUUUUGUUAUUGGUCUGAAUGUAUUUUGUAGUGUUAUUUACUGCUUUGUUGGCUCAGUAAUUUCCUUCUACAUAACAUGCUUUUUUGUCAUUCUAUUACUUGCAAUAUUUAGGAAGUGUUUCGGGGAUUUGUCAAUUGGUCAAUCUAUCCAGUAUUUGUCUAAGAUAAAUAUCUUGUGCCUUUUAGGACCCCCCUCCCACCAUCCAAGUAAAGUCAAAGAAAGUCCACAAAAAGCACACAGACCAUGCUUUUGAAAAAUACAGAUCUUCUACUACAGCCAUUGUUUGUCCUUGUGUGCCAUAAAGUGACAAAAACAUGACAUGAAAUUGUCAAUGUUUUUGCCUUUUUUAUGAGGAUCCCUGGUCCCUUUUUUGUAAGACGUAUGUGGAAAUGUGUUGUAUGUUCAAUGAGUUGUGGAAUCCUUCACAUGUAAGUUACGAGGAAAAUGUUCACUGCCAACAAAGAUCAUUUCAUAUCUUGAAAUGAGCAAUGGGACAAAUAUGGCUUUCCUAUAUGAUCUUAAAUAUGUCUUGGCUCUCUGUGCCACAUUAAUUUAUAUGGCAGGUAGUGUCCUUAAGCAUUUCUGCAAAAUACUCAUUUAAUUUGAACGUUGUUUUGAAAUCAUCUUUGGCUACUCUUUGUGUUGAUGGUGGAGGUCAACCUCCAUAUUUGUAAAUGUUUCCAAUUGAUUCGAGAUGGUACUAUUCUGAUUAAGUUUUGAUUUAAUUUUCCAUCUACAUUAGCACAGUAAUGAAUGUGCAAAAGGUUUAUUUGACCUUCCUCCCAACACAGGGAAGUGGCAUGACCUAAAGGGAAUUGGGCCGGGUUGUGUUCAGUAAGGCACACAAACUCUAACAAAAAAUACAUUUGUCCAGGUAAUCAUUCCAUGCUUAUCAGUUGUUUGUUUCUUAAUGAACACAACCCUGAUUUUGUCCUUGACUAUACAGCAUGUCACUCAUUGCACAGAGGCCCAAGUGUAUGCGGGUUUGUGCUCUUCCCUUGUCCUUGAUUAGUAAGAAACUCUCCUCCCCUGGUUGUCUAGGGCUAAAUUGAAAGCAAAAACCAACAGACUAGGCCCUCUAUGUAAUGAGUUUGACACCCCUACUAUAAAGCAGGGUUUCCCAAACUUUGUUCUGGGGAGGGGAGGGGGGGGGGCUGCGCUGCUAUAAAGGACAAUCUACUUGGGUUUUGGACUGGGUGUUUAGUGGCUCACAUUACAUUUUCACUGAACCCCGUUUCAACUUCAUUCCUCUAUUUUUACUAUGUUACACAACUUGGGUCCUCAGAAGUUGCAGUGUCUACAAAGGGUCACGUUCAGUAGGCAUAAGAUGGAAGAAGCAUUUACGGAUGGAGUUACUACCUGAACUCAUAAGAAUGCUCAUUUUGAUCCAUUUUUUUCCUACCGAAAGUACUAUUGGUUUUAAGAUACAACUGACUACAGUAACUGAAACCUCAAGCUAGCCAAUAACCUGAUUUGAUCAGUAAGUGUCAAGGUCAAAUCAUACAUUGUAGAAGCUUCCCUACUCAACCAGAGUUGUCCACCCUUGAUUCAACCUACACAAGUCCCAAAUGAUAGUUUGGAUGUAGAGACACUGCCUGUCAUGGUUCCUCUAGGUUUUUUCUGUUUAUUAAAAAAAAAGUGUUAAUGGGAAAGGAAUAGUCGUAUUAGAAAGAAAAAAAAUAUGGGCUUGUUUGGUCUGUCUAAAAGAAUGAGUGGCUAUUCACGUUGGUGCUUCUGAUUUUUAUUGCCUUUCAAAUCUAAAUGCACUGUGAUUAAAAUAAGGUCUGGAUUGUAAGAAAAUUAAACGUUAUGGGAAAAUGUC